AAUUCAGUUAGUAGAGGUGUGGUUGGAGUAGAAGGCUGUUGUUGGUCUUUAGCGUCUCUUUAUUUGUAAAGUUUUGUGUGUAGGUCGUUUUAUCUGUUUAUUUUUGGGCUUUUUGCCUCGCAAGGUAAACCUGCACAAUGCCUACUGAAAACCUGACCGAUAAACGCCUGUCCAAGUUCAAAAACAAGGGCAAGGACCCACUGAAAAUGCGUGAACGCAGAGUUGCUGAGUGUGUUGAACUCCGUAAAGCACAGAGGGUGGAGAGUAUCCUAAAGAGAAGAAACAUUGAGUUUCAGCCUGUGGAAGAGCCCCUGUCACCAGAAUACAACACUGACAACCAACAGGUAAUUUCUGCAACAAUUCAGGAGAUUAUUGAGAAUGUUAACAGUGACUGUCCAGAGAGACAGACUCAGGGUUGUCAGACGGCCAGGAAACUACUCUCUCGGGAAAGGAACCCUCCACUGAAGGAGGUUGUGGAGGCUGGGCUGUUGUCCCGAUUCGUGGAGUUCUUGAGCAGGAACGAUAAUCCCACUCUGCAGUUUGAGGCUGCUUGGUCCCUCACCAAUGUGGCAUCAGGAACCUCUUGGCACACGCAGCAGGUGGUGGAACACGGAGCAGUGCCUGCCUUCAUUUCGCUAUUGGCCUCACCUAUGCUCAACAUAAGUGAACAGGCAGUCUGGGCCCUGGGCAACAUUGCAGGUGACGGCCCGUCAUAUAGAGAUGCACUUAUAGACUGCAACGUGAUCCCUGCUCUACUGGCUCGCCUAACACCUGAUGCUCCAGUCGGGUACCUCCGCAACUUGACAUGGACCCUCUCGAACCUGUGCAGGAACAAGAACCCCUUCCCACGCUUCUCUGCUGUCCAGCAGAUGCUGCCUUCCAUUAUACAGCUACUUCAUCAUAGUGACAAGUCUGUCUUGUCGGACGCAUGCUGGGCAAUCUCCUACCUCACUGAUGGACCCAAUGAGCGGAUUGAUGUUAUAAUUAAAACUGGAAUCCUUCCACGGCUGGUUGAGCUGCUGACCUUUGAGGAGCUUGCAGUUGUGACUCCAGCACUGCGCUCUAUUGGGAACAUUGUGAGUGGUUCAGAUGUACAAACCCAGGCAGCCAUUGAUGCAGGGGUGCUGACUGCCUUGCCUAAACUAAUGCGCCAUCCCAAACCCAAUGUCCAAAAGGAGGCAGCUUGGGCUGUUUCCAACAUUGCAGCUGGACCACGCCCACAGAUCCAGCAGCUAAUCACAUGUGGACUGCUGUCCCCCCUUGUGGACCUACUGAAGAAUGCUGACUUUAAAACUCAGAGGGAAGCCGUCUGGGCAGUCACCAACUACACCAGUGGAGGGACUGUGGAGCAGGUAGUCCAACUCGUCAAGUGUGGAGGCCUGGAAGCCAUCUUAAAUCUUCUCACUGUCAAAGAUGCCAAGACUGUGUUGGUCAUUCUGGAUGCCAUCAAUAACAUUUUCUUGGCUGCUGAGAAGCUUGGAGAAGUGGAAAAGCUUUGCCUGCUUGUGGAAGAGCUGGGUGGACUGGAUCGCAUUGAACUCCUCCAGAACCAUGAAAACAAUACUGUGUAUCGUGCUGCUCAAGCACUCAUUGAAAAAUACUUCAGUGAGGAUGCUGCAGAUGAAUGCUUGAAAACUGAGGCAACUGAAACUGACUUUGUUUUUGGACCAACUGAAGUCCAAAGAAGAUUUGAUUUUUGAUUACUUUUUUAUGCAUGUUGGUUUUGUAUAAAUAAAUAUAUAUUUUGGCAGUA